CAGGUAUGACAGUGGGGGUCGUCUGACCAAUGUAACCUAUCCUACUGGCAUGGUGACCAGUCUGCACCGGGAGAUAGAACGUUCCAUCAACAUUGACAUAGAGAGCUCCAGCAGAGACGAUGACAUCACCGUUAUCACCAACCUGUCCUCUGUGGAGGCCUCAUACACCGUGGUGCAAGACCAAGUGAGGAACAGCUACCAGCUGUGUAACAACGGCACCCUGCGGGUGAUGUAUGCCAAUGGGAUGGGCAUCAGCUUCCACACUGAGCCCCACAUCCUGACCGGGUCGGUCAGUCCUACAAUCGGCCGUAGGAACAUCACACUACCCACAGACAACGGACUCAACUCCAUUGAGUGGCGGCUCCGCAAGGAACAGACCAAAGGGAAGGUCACUGUGUUUGGCAGGAAGCUGAGGGCACAUGGUCGGAACCUCCUCUCCAUCGACUUCGACCGCAACACUCGGACAGAGAAGAUCUACGACGACCACCGCAAGUUCACGCUCCGCAUCAUGUACGACACACAGGGCCGUCCCGCCAUGUGGUUGCCUAGCAGCAGCCUGGCGGUGGUGAAUGUGUCAUACUCAACCACGGGUCAGCUGGUGGGGCUGCAGAGGGGAAGUAUGAGCGAGAGGACAGAGUUUGACCCUCAGGGACGUAUUCUGUCACGGUCAUUCAUAGAUGGCAAGGUGUGGAGCUAUAGUUAUCUGGAUAAGUCCAUGGUCCUUCUCCUGCAGAGCCAGAGACAGUACAUAUUUGAGUUUGACGCCUCGGGGCGAGUCACGGCCGUCACCAUGCCUAGUGUAGCUCGCCACACCAUGUCCACCCACGUCUCUAUCGGUUACAUCCGCAACACCUACAAUCCUCCGGAGAGCAACGCCUCCAUCAUCCACGACUUCAGCGAAGACGGCCGCCCCCAGGCCACCCACUACCUCGGCACCGGCCGACGUGUCCUCUACAAGUACGGCAAGCUGGUCAAGGUAGCUGAGAUCCUCUACGACAGCACCGUGGUGACGUUCGGUUACGACGAGACAGCUGGGGUGCUGAAGAUGGUGAACUUACAGAGCGGUGGGUUCUCCUGUACGAUACGUUACCGUAAAAUGGGUCCGUUGAUUGACAAGCAGAUCUACCGGUUCAGUGAGGAGGGGAUGGUGAAUGCUAGGUUUGACUACACUUACCAUGACAACAGCUUCCGUAUCGCUAGUAUGAAGCCAGUCAUCAGUGAGACUCCUCUGCCUGUGGACCUCUACCGCUAUGACGAGAUCUCUGGAAAGGUGGGUAGAAAACUAUACUAGUAACCCUAAUCCUAGUUCCAACCACAACCCUAACCCUAGCUUCAACCCCAACCCUCAACACUAACCCUAAAUCUAGCUUCAUGUCCACAUCCUGGUUCAACCCUAACCCUAGCCUCAAACCUAACCUCAACCCCUAACCCUAAACCUAGCUUCAUGUCCACAUCCUGGUUCAACCCUAACCCUUAACCCUAGCCCUCAACUCCAGCCAUAAUCCAAACUAACCAUAGCUCCACGCACAACUGUAAACCGAGCUCCAGCCACAAUCCUAAAUCUAGCUCCAGCCACAACCCUAACCCUAGCCCUCAACCCUAGCUCCAGCCACAACCCUAACCCUAAACCUAUCUCCAGCCACAACCCUAACCCUAGCUCCAGCUC